AACCCCGACUGAGGCGUGUGAGUCAUACCCCCAACUUGACAGGAAGUCAGGUAGGAGGCGAUCAAAGCCGGCGACCCCCACAGCAUGGAUCCGCGUCCGAUGCAAUGCAAUGCAAGCUAGCUCCCUAGCUCAGCGACUAACGGUGAAGAUAACCAGCUAAGGGGGCGUACCUGGCCUCUGGCUGGUGCAUCGCAGGAUCCUCGCCAUGCGAAUGGCUGCUUUACCCAUAUGGUUCGCAUGGACCAAGGCGAGCCACGCUGCUUUUUCCUUUCUACCUAACCCAACCUACUUACCGCGUGUUCCGGGAUGGCACGGUCGUUCUUUGUCCGGUUGGAGCGAUCAGGGCCUGCAGAGGAGACGCGACAUCCGCCAGGACUUGAACCGUGCUGCUGCGGAUGCGGACGCCGACGCUGGCUGUAAGCAAGUCGAGUUGAAACACCUGUCCUGGGGAUGUUUCAGGUUUGUUGGUCCGGAUCUCCUCGUGGACUGCUAUACACCCUGGCCGCCGCUGCCAUGGCACCUAUCAUCAAACCGCCUAACGACAUACAUGCUACAUACAUGCACAUAUGUAAGCACAUACAUGGCUACGUACCGGCAGGGACCUGGAAAUGCUCCUCGGGACGUCGGUGGCACGAUGUGGCCCCGGGGUCCUAGCGACCUACCGCCACAUGCCACCGCCGUAUGCACGGGGAGGCAUAGGGGGACUUUGCGGGCGAGGAGUGAAGAAAAAGAAAGGCGAGGAAGGCGAUCAGAUCACGGACCGGUGCAGUCUGUGCCUGAUGACAAGCGUCACCGCCAUUGGCUCGGGUCUCCCAACAGGAGGGGAAUCGCCCAAUGACCGCCAUUCCUUCCAACACCGAUAUUUCAUCUACCCGAUGAAGUUCCCCUCGUUUAGCUUUCUGGGGAAGACGCAGGUGGGUUCCGAUAGGCAGCGACUUCGAGAAUGGUCGACGGGGCCCACUAUGUUAAUUACUUUUGUUCCUCGAUGUACUCCGUAUGUAUCGGGGUCAUGGAGACUGGAG